AUGUGCAGGUUAGCAUCCAGAAGUUUCUAUGUGCUGCAUCUUUUGGAAACUUUAAUUGCACAGAUACCAAAGGAAAAGUCAAACAGAAAGUCAGACGUGAUCGUGUACGAGGUCUUUGGUCUUGAAGAUAAAUCUCUGCCCUUCUCUCUGACCAUCAUCGAUUCCCCCGGGUUUGGUGACACCAAAGGGAAGGACAAAGAUGUCCUCGUCAGCGAAAGAUUGUUGGACUUGUUCCGCUCAACAGAUGGAGUUGAUGAGAUUGAUGCAGUGUGUCUGGUGCUGAAAGCGAGUGACAAUCGACUGAGUGACCGACUGAUGUACGUCUUUGAUUCAGUGGUGUCUCUGUUGGGAAAAGACAUAGAGGAGAACAUCGUCCUCAAACACUCAGAUUUUGUGUCAGCUGCAAAUGUUCUACAAGCUCUGAAAGAGGCAAAAAUGAUGUGUGCGAAAGACGAGAAGGAUCGGCCUGUUCAUUUCAUGUUUAAUAACAUCCAGAAAACAGAGAGAAUUAAGGGAAAAGAGCGUGCUCUAAAGCAGUGGUUCCCAAACGACACCAAAUCACAGAAAUUGGAAACAACCGUUGAAGUUUUGAAUUCACGCAUCAGCCUGACAGCCUGCAUCCACAACCUGCAGGAGAGGAUUGAGUUCAUUGAACUGAAACAGAGAGAGAUCCAACAGACUCAGGAAGCUCUGAAGAAACACGAACAAGACAUGAAGAAUAACAAGGACUUCAAGGUAGAAGUUGAUGAAGUCUAUAAAUGUCAUAGGAAUGAGCUCUACUGCACGGUGUGUACUUGGAAGUGUCAUGAAUCCAAACACGUGAAAACAGAACAAUGCACUGAAUGUGAGGAUAAAUGCAGUGAUCCAAAGCAUCCGAAAACACACUGGAUAUAUGUGAGCAAGACCAGGAAAGUUACUAGGACCGAACGAGAGAUGAAAGCCAUGUAUGAUAAGGGUAGAAAAGACAGUGAGAAGUCAGCGAGUCUCUUGGAAACCCUCCAGGAGACCAUAGAAGACCUGCAGAAAGAAAAAGAUCCGUUUUUGGAAGAGUCUUUCCGACAUGUUGUCAGACUGGAUGAGAUCGCCAUGAAGGUUGUUUCCCUGGCCACUCAGGUGCACCUGGACUUCCUGAUCGACAUGAUGAACGAGAAGGGAGACACCCAGAAGCUCAUGAAACUGAAAGAGAUGAAAAGCAAAUGGAUGAACAUAAACAAUUCAAGUCACUGCUGCGCUGCUG